AUGCAGAAGGAGCCUGAGUUUCAUUCUGGUGGAGAGCCCCGCGAUGAGAUAGACAUGGAAUUCCUGGGAAACACUUCAGGGCAGCCGCAUCUAUUGCACACCAACAUCUUCUCUCAAGGCAAAGGACAUCGGGAACAACAAUUUUUCUUAUGGAUAAUGGUAGGAGGAGUGCCCAUCAGAGUGUUUCGCAACCAUGAAAGGGAAGGCAUACCAUAUUUGAAUGAGAAGCCAAUGAGAAUGUUUUCAAGCCUGUGGAAUGGAGAGGACUGGGCAACACAAGGAGGCAGAGUGAAAGUUGAUUGA